AUGGAUAAGUCAUGGAUUACUAAGCCACAAUCAUCGAUUGCAUAUCAGCAAGGGAUAAAAGAAUUUAUUGAUUUUGCAUUUAAAGGUGCAAAAGAAAAUGACGUAGUAAUAUGCCCUUGCAAACACUGCGGUUUCAAAAAAUCAAAGAGUAGGAGUGACAUGUUCGACCACUUAAUGUGGUCACCAUUUCCGCAGGGAUACACCAUGUGGAUUCAUCAUGGAGAGUCCUUUGUUGUACCUAGUACUAUCUCCCCUAGUACUACUCAAAAUAUUGUUGAAGAUACUAUCAUUUUCGAAGAUCCUAUUCAUAACAUGAUCAAUGAUGCAUUUGGAGUUGAUAUGAAUCAUGCUAAUGAAAUACCAUCUGUGUCAAAUUUAGAGAUUGGCCAAGAAGAUUAUGUGAUGCUAAGUGCAACUCAAGAAAGAAACGAAGUCAAGGAGUACUAUGAAUUGACUAGAGAAGGAGAACAAUCUUUGUAUGAAGGGUGUAGACGAUAUUCAAGACUAUCUUUUUUGGUUAAGUUGUACCAUAUAAAGUGUUUAUGUGGAUUGAGUGAGAAGGCAAUGGCUAUGAUUUUAGAGUUAAUUAAAGAUGCAUUUGAAUAUGCAAACAUUCUAGGUUCGUUCCAUGAAGCCAAUAAAUCAAUCACAAAACUUGGUUUGAAUUAUGUAAAGAUACAUGCAUGUCCAAACGGUUGUAUGCUUUAUUGGGGAGAAGAUGAAGAAAGGGAGACUUCAAAAUGGAAAACAAAUGAAGCGGUCUUUGUUAACAAGAAAAAGAAAAAAAUUCCUGCCAAGGUUCUUCGUUAUUUUCCAUUAAAACCUCGACUACAGAGAUUAUUUUUGUCAUCAAAGACGACCAAGGAUAUGAGAUGGCAUGCAACAGAUGCUAACAACGAUGGAAUGUUGAGGCAUCCUAGAGAUUCAGAAGCUUGGAAGAAAUUUGACUUGACGCAUACUUGGUUUUCAUCAGAUCCGCGAAAUGUGCGUCUUGCAUUGGCUAGUGAUGGUUUUAAUCCUUUUGGUGUGAUGAGUACAAACAAUAGUAUUUGGCCAGUUGUUCUCAUUCCAUAUAACACUUCUCCAUGGGUUUUCAUGAAACAUGCAUCAUUUAUAAUGUCAAUGAUAAUUCCUGGAAAAGAAGCACUAGGAAAUAAUAUUGAUGUCUACUUACAACCCUUAGUCAAAGAGCUGAAAGAGUUAUGGACAAAUGGUGUGGAUACAUACGAUUAUUUCAAGAAAGAGAUGUUCAAGUUGCAUGCAAAUUUGAUGUGGGCGAUUAGUGACUUUCUAGGUAUGGGCGCACUUUCUGGAUGGAACACAUACACAGGGCUUUCUUGCCCAUCGUGUAACUUUCAAACUACACCUCUCCGUCUUAAAGCUAGCCGUAAAUGGUGUUUUAUGGGUCAUCGCCGUUUCCUUGAUUGGAGACACAGGUUUAGAUUGAACAGGAUCCGCUUUAAUGGUGAACAAGAAAUACGGAGUCCACCGAGAACAUUAUCUGGACAUGAGUUUUUGAACAGGUUAAAGAUAUUGAAGUCAUCUUUGGUAAAAAGCCAGUGA